AUGGAUGCUAAAGCCGCCACGGCCUCCUCGGCAGCUCCGGCGCCGCCUGCCUGGCGAGACCGAGUCGGCCCGAUGUGCGGCAUCACGGCUGUGGCCAUGCUGGUGGCCAAGCCCGACGCAGAUGCGGCCCGUGACGCGCUUGCAGACGGCGGGGACGACAAAAGCACUAAGCUUGUUGACGUGUACUCGGCGCCGGUGCUCGAGGCGGCUGUCGCGGCGGGCUACUCGAGAGAGGGCGAGAUGUUUGAUGCCGGCGAGCUGGCCGAGCUGGCCCGCAAAGUCCUGCCGAGCGCGGUGCAGGUUCACGGGCUAGCGUGGGCGGCCGAGACCGGGGUCGAGGCCCGGGUGGCGAGCGUGGCGGAUGCGCUCGCCGCCGGCGCGUUUGUUCUCCUUGCCUACGAUGCGGCGCCUAACCACGAGCCCGCGCUGCGGUCCGGGCACGCCGCGCACUGGGCGGUGGUCGUCGGCGUCGUCCACGUCGGUGACUCGCCGACCUACUUUGUGACCCGCCAUGGCAAGUCGUCGCAUCUUGCGCUCUGGUCUGCGGCGCAACUUCUUGCCUCCAAUGCGCAGCUCGUCGAGUCGCAUCCGGCCAAACGGGCGAGCGGCCACUACGCCAUGCCUGCCGAUCUUGGCGACCGACUGGCAUCGCGCGCGGUGGUUGUCAGCCUCUGA